UUGUUGUUUUGUUUACUCCAGGGCCUCUCUGAAAUGGACUACGUAGUGAGGGAUAAGCUGAUAUUGGAGAGGAUCUUGGGGAUGGAGUUCAUGGAAGCCAGUGAUAAAAGCUUGUUUUACAAUGACGAGGCCCACUCCUUCAGUAAUGUGCUGUUUUACGGAAAUGAGAGCCUGCUGCUGAUUUUUGACACUCUGUUCUUCUGUGUUGUCGACCUGGGCUCUCAGAACUUUGUUCUCGCGGCCGUGCUCACGUACGCACAACAAACGAUAUUCGGUUUCCUCCGUAACAGUCUUGGAAGGAGAAACCUCGUCAACAAAACACUGGUGGAUCAGAGAUUUCUGAUAUAAAUC